AUGGCGCCGAAUGCGAAAGAUUCCCCGUUGGAACGGGGAUUGGAAUCGAAAUGGGAAAGGGACUCGAAAAAGAGCACUGUACUUGCCAUGCCGGCCACGGUUCUACCGACGAGCGGCAGUGAAGGAGUGCUGGACGACGAUGAGGACGGUCCAAAAGCGAUGUACACACCGACGACAUUCGAGAAGCUUAUCAAUUACUUGUUGUGUCGUGGUGACUUGGCCAAUCAACAACUCGAGGUGCAGCCGGUGUCCAUCGGUGGAUUGUUUCGUUUCUCGUCAAAAUGGGAUCAUGUGGCGCUGGCGGUCGGCGUUUUGUGCGCUAUUCUAUCAGGAAUCUCACAGCCCACGCUUGCAUUGAUCUCCGGUCGAAUCACGAACAUUCUCAUCACCUAUUCACCCACGUCGAAAGAGUUCAGGGACAAGGCUUACGAGAACGUUUACAUCUUUUUGGGGAUCGGUGUGCUGAUAUCGUUCAUCAACUUUGUUCAGUUCAUGUGCUUUGCCUCAGUUUGUUCACGAGUGAUCGCCCAGAUGCGACAUCGAUACGUGAAAUCGAUUCUCCGACAAAACGCCGGUUGGCUGGAUAAAAAUCAUUCGGGAACACUGACGACAAGGCUUUCAGAUGAUCUCGAGCGAAUCCGCGAGGGAAUCGGUGACAAGUUGGGACUUCUUAUCCGCGGAACAGCUAUGUAUGCGGCUGCAAUUGUCAUCUCUUUCAUCUACGAAUGGCGCUUAGCUUUCUUUAUGUUAGGCGUUGCGCCGAUCACUUGUUUCUGCAUGUCGAUGAUGGCCAGAAAAAUGACGUCAACAACGAUGAAAGAACUGGUUGGAGUGGGGAAAGCGGGAGCAAUAGCUGAGGAAUCGAUUAUGGGCGUUAGGACAGUGCAAGCGUUUAAUGCACAAGAGGAAAUGAUUGGAAAAUACAGCGAUGAGUUGGCUAAAGGAAAGAAAUUUGCGGUUGAGAAGGGUUUUUGGAGUGGCUUUUUCGGCGGAUUGUUUUUCUGUGUGCUUUUCGCUUUUCUCGGUUGUGGAAUGCUUCUUGGCGCUUAUUUGCUGAAAAUCGGUUAUGUAGGCAGCCCGGGAGACGUUUUCAUCGUCGUGAUGUCGAUGCUUUUGGGUGCCUAUUUCCUCGGUUUGAUCUCUCCACACUUGAUGGUGUUGUUAAAUGCGCGUGUCGCCGCCGCAAAAAUCUACCAAAUCAUUGAAAGGAUCCCACACAUUGAUGCCUAUUCAGAGAAAGGUCGGAAACCGAGCAAAUGCCUUGGACGGGUCGUCUUCGAGAAUGUUCAUUUCAGAUACCCGAGUCGAAAGGAGCAAAAAGUUUUGAAUGGGAUCAAUCUAGUUAUCGAACCUGGCCAAACGGUGGCUCUCGUCGGGCACAGUGGUUGCGGAAAAUCGACCUCGGUUGGCUUGAUCACUCGUUUAUACGAAGCUGAGCAGGGAAAAGUGACAAUUGACGGGGAAAAUGUAAACGAUUUGAAUAUUGAAUGGCUACGAAAUGUGGUCGGAAUUGUGCAACAGGAGCCAAUUCUGUUCAACAACACUGUUGUCGAGAAUUUACGAAUGGGAAACCCGACACUGACGAAAGCGCAAAUGGAACAAGUGUGCAAGAUGGCGAACGCGCACGAUUUCAUUAUGAAAAUGCCAAUGGGUUACGAUACUCUGAUCGGCGAUGGUGGAGUGCAACUGUCGGGUGGACAAAAGCAAAGAGUGGCUAUUGCAAGGACAUUGGCCAGAGAUCCUAAGAUUCUUCUCCUUGACGAGGCCACUUCGGCGUUGGAUGCGAAGAGUGAAAGCAUUGUUCAACAAGCAUUGAACAAUGCGGCGAAAGGUCGUUCAACGAUCGUCAUCGCUCAUCGUUUGUCUACCGUCCGUGAUGCGAACAAGAUUGUCGUUUUCGAGAAAGGGGAAAUUAUUGAACAAGGAACUCACGAAGAACUCGUCGAGUUGCAAGGGAAAUACUACAAACUCGUGAAAGCGCAACAAUUCCAACCGGAAGAGGAUCAAAUCGUACAAGAUGGAGAAGAUGAUGGAGAUGAGAUUGAUUUAGGCGGUGAAGCUCAUUCAACCUCGGAAUAUUAUCGCCAAUCAAGCCGCAGUCAGAAUGAGCGAAUUUCAGGCAGAGAUGCAUUUAUAAGAAACUCGACAAUGCAUAGCUCGUUGAGUUUGGAGAGUAAACUCGUCGGCGUGAUCGACUCCGAGAAUUUAGCUUUUGCGCAACAAGUGAAAAAAGUGAUGGACGAGGAUGAGAAGAUCAAAGCCGGUUACACGGACAUUCUCAAGCAUUCACAGGGACAAUAUAGGACAAUGAUUUUGGGAGUCAUUACAGCAAUCAUUCGAGGCACUGAGCUCCCAGGGUUGACACUAGCUUUUGGAUAUGUCUUUGCGGGCUUUCAAAUGGUGCCUUACACUGACGGUCGAAUGAUGCACCGAAUGGCGAUGGCAGUGAUUGUCUAUUCCGCGAUCGGUGUCGGCUGUUUCAUCUUCCAGAUUUUAUCGAGUAUUUUCUUCUCAGUCGUCUCCGAAGAGUUGGCAAUGCGUUUUCGAGUUCUUUCCUUUCAACAAAUUCUGCAUCAAGAUGCUUCCUACUUUGACAAUCCAGCGCACACUCCAGGAAAGUUGAUUACCCGUUUGGCGUCGGAUGCGCCAAAUGUGAAAGCGGUUGUUGACGGACGAAUGUUGCAAGUGAUUUACGCAUGCACGGCGAUUGUUGGAAACAUUGCGAUUGCUUUCGUUUUCUCGUGGCAAGUGGCAACGAUUGGAACUGGUCUUCUAAUCGGGUUGUGGCUUUUCAUGAUCUUCCUUGGCUUGUUCAUCAUGCGAAAAAAUAUUGAUUUAAUGAAGAACAAUGAGGCGGGAAGGAUUGCUAUUGAAACAAUCGAGAAUGUGAAAACGAUUCAAUUGUUGACGAGAAUGAAAUAUUUCUAUGAGCUUUAUGAGGAGGCGAGUAAACGGCAGAAACAUCGAGAGUUGAAUAAAUGUUGGUACGAGGGGAUCAACUUUACGCUCACUCAAUCGUUUAUCUAUUUCAUGCUAACAAUUGGAUACGCUGUGGGUAUUCGAGUGAUUUAUGUGGGUGACAAGGAGUCGAAUGAUGUCUUUAGAGCAAUCAUCGCCAUGUUGUUGGGCACGGUUUCUGUCAUGAACUCUUCUCCAUAUUAUCCUGAAUUCGUUAAAGCGAAAGCUGCUGCGGGUCUCCUUUUCAACAUCAUCGAUCGUCAACCAGCCACCGGAGAUCACAAAGCUGGCGAGAAAAUGAGUGUUCGAGGCAACAUUUUAUUCGAAGAGGUGAACUUCCGCUAUCCACAACGCCCGAAUAAUCCCAUCAUGACCGGGUUGAAUUUCACUGCUCAAAGGGGACAAACAGUGGCCUUGGUUGGUCCAUCGGGAUCAGGAAAGUCGACGUGUAUCUCGAUGCUUGAACGAUUUUACGAUACAACUGGCGGUUUUGUGCGAAUUGAUGGAAAAGAUUUGAAAGCUUUAUCACUAUUCGAUUUGCGUACUCAAAUGGCGCUUGUUGGACAAGAGCCGAGGCUUUUCAGUGGAACGAUAAAGGAGAAUAUUUGCUUUGGAUUGGGUGAUGUACCGAUUGAGAAGAUUAAAGAAGCGCUUGUCAUGUCGAAUGCGGACAAAUUCAUUUCCCAGCUACCUUCUGGAUUGGAUACUGAGGUCGGCGAAAAAGGCUCUCAACUAUCAGGAGGACAAAAACAACGAAUUGCUAUCGCUCGAGCGGUUGUAAGGAAUCCAAAGAUUCUUCUACUCGAUGAAGCCACUUCAGCGCUUGAUUCAGAAUCGGAAAAGGCAGUGCAAGAAGCUUUGGAUCGAGCGCGUGCUGGUCGAACUUGUGUGACAAUCGCUCAUCGUCUCUCGUCCAUUCAAAACGCUGAUAUGAUUGUUUAUAUUGCAGAUGGAAAGGUCCGCGAAUCUGGGACUCAUGCUCAGCUAAUGGCUCGUCGCGGGAAAUAUUAUAAACUCGUUAAGGAACAAGAUUUAACUACA